AUGGGGAGGGCAGCCAUGGACAUGGUGGACGUGAGGAGGCUGUUGGUGGGACCUACAUUGGAAAAUAACGAAGUGGUUGGCUUUGAUGAGGAAGCGGAAAAAGUGAUCAAGCGUCUUGUUGAAGGAUCAGGGUAUCUGGAUGUUGUCCCUGUUGUGGGAAUGCCUGGACUUGGUAAAACCACACUGGCAAGAAAAAUCUAUAAUGAUCCUAAGAUUCCAUAUGAAUUUUUCAGUUGCAUUUGGGUUUUCGUCGGACAGUCAUAUAUAAAAAGGGACAUCUUUAUUAAUAUUUUGAAAGGGUUCACGAAACGCAAUGAAGAAUUCCAAGAUAAAAAUGAGACAGAAAUAGCUGAGGAAAUACGUUAUCACGUGGCUAACGGAGGUAAAUGUCUCGUCAUCUUGGACGAUGUGUGGGAGACAGGUGUUGUAGAUUUUGUUAGGACAGCUUUCCCAGAAAACAAGAAAGGCCACCGAAUCAUGAUGACCACUCGACACAAGGAAAGUUUCCAGCUGUUGGAAAAGAGAGCUUUUGGCGAUAGCCAUUGUCCUAUUGAGUUAGUAGAACAUGGAGAAGGCAUUGUAGAAAAAUGUAGUGGAGUACCACUUACAAUUGUGGUAAUUGCAGGAGCUUUAAGAGGCCGUACAAGCGAAAUUGAUUGGCGAGUAGCUAAGGAAAAUGUGGGGAAACACCUAAUAGAACAAGACAACCUUAAGAGAUGCUUGAAGAUUGUGGGACUGAGUUACAAUCAUUUGCCUCAAGAUAGAAAGGCUUGCUUCAUGUAUUUUGGUGCCUUUCCUCGAGGCUUUGAUAUCCCUUGGAAAUUGAUCCGCCUCUGGAUUGCUGAGGGGCUCAUAAUGUCUAACUUGCCAGGUAGCGAAAUUGAGGAGAUAGCAGAUUAUUAUUUGAUUGACUUUGCAAAUAGAAAUUUAAUGAUGGUGAUUGCGAAGAGGUCUAGUGGUCAAAUAAAAGCAUGUCGUGUUCAUGACAUGUUACAUGAGUUCUGCAUUAUGCAGGCUACUAGACUUAGUCUUUUCCAAUAA